AUGGUUUAUUCAGGAACAGCAAAGAAUCGCAAUUCAGGAGUUGCAAUCUAUGGUGAACCACUGGCAAGUCUGGAGAACAAAGGAGAGGAAACUUCUCUUACAGAGGAAAAUGGAGAGUUAGAAGGGGCUGUUAUAAACAAAGAGCCCAUUGAAGGGAACUGGGAGUUUGGUGAAGUAGUAAUCGUGGCAAUUGACAGCGCUCGUUUCAAAGAGGUCGCGGGUCUGCAACAGGCUUUGCGCCUGGAAAGCUUUGACUCAGUCGUCUGCGCGCAGGAAGAGGGCUGGGCCGCCGCUCCCAGCACUGGCUUUCUCGCGCGCUGUCCCCGGAUACCGCGCCCGCCCCGGGGCGACGCAUCCAGAGGCGGCGGCCCGUCCUCCCCGCGCCGCUGUGGGGCGUCACGGGCUGGGACGGACCGAGUGAGCCUGGCGGCGGAGAGAGCGGCGCGCGGAGCUGAGCGCCCAGGGCUGCGCUUCUCCGGCCGGCGGGGCGGCGUCGUGGGCCGGACGCUCCGGGCUCUCCGACGCCGCCGGCGGCCCAGCUCCGCCCCGGGCCUCCCCGCCCAGCGCCCCGGUAGUGCGCCCCGGGCGCAGCGCCCACCCGGCCGGUCGCAGCCGGCACGCUGCCCUCGCGGCUGCUCGCCGCGCUCUGCCUGGCCGAGCGGCUCGGGGCCGCCUGCGGCUGCCAGCUGCCUUCGAGUGGAGACCCCUGGACGAGGGCUGCGGCGCCCAGCUGACCGAGAGCAUCUCGUACGCCAAGGUGCUGGCGCUGCACCAGGAGGUGCACGGCCUAUACAGCUCCUGCCCCGGCAGUACGAGGCCGGCAAGGCGGGGCGCCUCUACCGGGCCGAGGUCAAGCUGCUGUGGACCAGGCGUGGGGCAGCGUGCUCGAGGUGCCCGCCGGCUCCAGGCUCCACCUCAGCGGCCUGGGCUACUUCUCCUGUCACUCCCACACCGUGGUCUAGGAUUACUCCUGUUUCUUCUUCCUCAGGAUGGAUGAAAAUUAUAACCUCUUGCCUCAUGGAGUCAAUUUCCAACAUGCCAUCUUUCCAGACACUCAAGAGAAGAGAAGGAUGUUUUCCCAGUGGCAGCAAUGGUGACUUUUUCCAGUGACCGGGAGAUCCAAGAAGAC